GCGCUUCCCGCCCCUUCCCGUUGCCAUGGCGCCGCGCUGUCGCUGCAAGAUGGCGGUGGGGCGGCUGCUGGCUCCGCGGCGCGGCCCUCCUUAGGCGCCAUGGAGGCUGCUUUCCUCUGGGCGCUGCUGCUGCUGCUGCUGCUGCUGGCGGCACCCUGCCCCGGACAGCGGGCUUGGGACCCCGUCUUUCAGCCUUCAUUUAUCCAUAUGUCAGGGUCCACAGUCAAUUCGUUUUUUCUUGGAAAUUCUUCAGGAGUUAAUUUUUCUGUAAUUUUAAGUCCUAUAGAUGAAGAGACAGGAAAAUUGCAGCUUGCAAAUUGCAGUGGAAGUAAAAGAGCUGGUGAUUGGAAUUUGAAUGUAACUCCUGGCAUGAACACUUCCAAAGUGACUGUAAGCUUGACUAGAAAUCUGCAGUUGUGUUUGCCGAAUGUCACUGACUGCUGCACAGCACCUCUCUGUGUGGUUGAAACACUUCAGGUUUUAGCUUGCCGUGAUUCAGUGACGUUGGCGCAUCUCCUGAUUCAAGCUGAAAUAUAUGCCAACUCUUCCUUUACAGGAAAUGUGUCAGAAAAUGCAACUAUCAUCCCAAACCAGGCGUUUCAGCCCUUGGGCUCUUGUCCUUGUGACUUGACAGCUGGAGCAUGUGAUGUUCGUUGUUGCUGUGAUCCGGAGUGUACACCAGACUUGAAGCAGUUAUUCAAUGAAUCGUGUUUCACUGGAGUGUUUGGUGGGGAUGUAAACCCACCUUUUGAUCAGCUAUGCUCUUCUCAGUCAAUGGAAUAUACCCCUGAUUGGUUUCCCUUCCUUUGUGUACAGUCUUCUCUUAACAACACACCAUUUCUUGGCUACUUUUAUCAUGGCUCUACUUCUACACCCAAAGUUCCUUCGUUUAAGAUCCCUUUACAGACUUCUCCUGGGAAACUUUUCACUGGUUACAGACAAGGAGAUCCAAUUAUGACAGAAGAAAAUGAGUAUUUUACCAUCCCCCAGCGAUCCAUGGCUGGACAGUGUGUUGGAAAUGCCCCUGUAGCGUAUCUCCAGAACUUUGAUGUCAAAUGCCUUACCAAUCUAGCAUCUUACAGGGAAGGACUGCCCCAUGACGUGCGGAUAAACAGUGGUACUGGAGACUUCAUCCAACAAAAUGUCAUCUAUAGGACCAUCACCGACAUGGGCAAAUUCAUCACUGGAAGUGAAAGCCUUCAUACUGCUGAGAUUCUAUGUCAAAAUGUAACUUUUGCAGAGCAUUAUACGUUCAUUUGGAAAGACAAGAGCAUAGAGCAAAUAAAUGUCACAGUCUUCCUCGGAAGUUUGUGUGAUGGAGAAAUACUGACGCAGAGAUUCACAGUCAAAUUUCUAAGUUUAAAGAGUACUAAUGCAGCAGAACUGUUUGGGAAUCCAGGUUAUCAAGUUGGAAAACCAGUGAGAGCUGCAAAUAUGAAUGCUUCUGAUACUUUUGGAAGCCUAAACAUUUGGCAGCCAGCUGGCAGAGGUUUAUGUAUGUCGGCAACUUAUACACCAGUUUUAUUCGGACUAGAUUCACUCUCUGGGUGCAUUCUAGAAGUUGGUGUUAAUGAAGAUUGCAGCCUUUUAAGAGGAAAUGUAACUGAGAAAUUGAAUUCAUUAAUACAAGCUACUCACAUUGGAAAGAGGGACAAUUCAAGUUACAGUGAUCUAAAUGACUGGGUGGAAAUUAUACGUCUUGAUCCAUUUAAUUCUGAUAUCAAUGUGAGCACUGGAAGCUUAAAAGGCAUUUGUCCAGAUAUUCCUGCAAAUCUGAAUAUUCGCAUAAUCUUUGCUGAUGUGGGUGCAGUACAAGGGAUUCCCCAGCAAGAGAUUCUUGCUGUGCAGAUCAGUUACUCGACAGUCAUAUGGCAAUUCCAGUGCGGGCUUAUCUGUGAAAACAGCAUCAGCUUUCUUCCCAUCACUGCUUCUGUUCAGUUUAUUAAAGUGCCAGCUCAGCCACCCAUUCCAAUGACAAGAUUUCAGAUUAAUUAUACAGAAUUCGACUGCAAUCGAAACGAUGUGUGCUGGCCACAACUUUUUUAUCCAUUGACACGGUUUUAUACAGGAGAACCGUAUUCCCAGUGUCUUGCAAAAGGCCUGUCAUUGGCAUUUCUUGUUUUACUUGCAGCAAUUAUGAAUAACCCUUGGUUUUCUAAAUUAUGGAGUAGUUCCUUGGUUUAAAAACGUUGAUGUAAAGAGAACCACUUUUGUUAAUAUGUUAAGUACUUUGCGGUAAAACUCAUGGAUAAAUAUUCUUGGAUUUUGUAGACAUUUUGUAUAAACAUUUAAAGAUAUAUCAAA